GUGCGCUUCAAAAGASGACUCUGUACCCUUUUGAUGUGUUGUUCCAAUUUGAUGUGUUUAAGUUUUCAGUUUCAACAAUUUGCCCAACUGCGCCCCAGUUCUUUCCGGUAACUGCCUCCGCUAUCAUUGGAGCGGAGAAGAGAACGGACCAGUCCUGCGCCAGCCGCAGAACUGCGCAUGCGCCAAGGCUCCGCACGGGGCGAAGGUUGCCAGGAUCCGGGGCUGCAGCGGAGUGAAGUGCGGUCUCCCUUGCCUGGUGCCGACGGUGGCGGCCUAGGAAAGUGCAGCAGCUGGUGGGCAGGAUGGAACAGGCUGUAUCCUUCUGGGCUUAARAAGAAAUUUGAAGAAUGAGACCAUUUGUAUCAUCACAAUCUAUAAGGUACACUGAUGCCAAAGGACUAUGACCUUUCAGAACUUCUUGAGAGACUACAAAGUUCUGAUUGUUAUGGUACCUUUAAUCGGGCUCAUACAUUUGGGGUGGCACAAAAUCAAAAGCAGCCCUGUCUUCCAAGUACCUAAUAAGGACAACAUUCCUGAGCCCGAUAGUCUAGCACUCACAAGUCCACCGAAGAGCCAAAUCCAAGGGAAAUAGUAGGCUUGCUACUUGCAGAAAGAAGCAGCUUUGAAUCAGAGCUUGAUAUCAAAAGAAGAAAUGAAAAGCACCAGUUGGAUUAGAAAGAACUGGCUUCUUGUAGCUGGGGUGUCUUUCAUAGGUGUCCACCUUGGAACAUACUUUAURCAAAGGGCUGCAAAACAGUCCGUAAAAUCUCAGUCUGUAGGCAAACAAAAGAGUAUUGAAGAAUGAAUUGAAAUAAAUGUUUGCAGUUAAUGAUAUGUCACUAAAUCAUAUUCUGAUAAUCUUCAGAAACAAAACUAUUUAAUAGCCAUAUUGCUGCAUAUUCAGACCUUCAUUUCUAAAGAAUAUAUUUUUAAUGUUAAUACACAUGACAAUGCAGUAAACAGAAAAAUAUGGUUAAUAAAAUAAAAACUGUCAUCACAAGUUACAACUGAAGUAAUAUGUCUCGUUUAGAAGCUAAGAAACCCUCAUUGUGCAAAAGUGAACCACUUACAAGUGAUACAGUCAGAGCCACACUCUCUGUCCUAAAAGGAGUCUUAACAUCAUGCUACGGCCCUUCAGGUAGGCUGAAGCAGCUGCACAAUGGCCUGGGAGGUUAUGUGUGCACAACAUCACAGUCCUCAGCCCUGCUCAGUAACCUGUCAGUCACCCAUCCCACAUUAAAGAUCCUGACAACUUCUGUGCAGAAUCAUGUGUCCUGCUUCAGUGACUGUGGCUUAUUUACAGCCAUUCUUUGCUGCAACCUGAUUGAAAAUGCCCAAAAAACAGAUUUGACACCCACCACUGUCAUUAAAUUAAAUAAACAUCUUUUGAGUCUCUGCACCAAUUAUCUCAAGUCAGAGGCCUGUGGUUGUCGAAUCUCAGUUGACUUUAGUAGUACUCAGAUCCUCCUUUGUUUGGUUCGCAGUAUUUUAAGGAGUAAGCCUGCCUGCAUGCUCAUCAGAAAGGAAGUAGAUCACAUCAGUGCUUUGAUCCUGAGAGCCUUCUUGCUUACAAUUCCAGAAAACACAGAAGACCAUAUCAUUUUAGGAAAGAGUAUAAUUGUACCACUAAAAGGUCAGAAAGUUACAGAUUCUACUGUAUUACCUGGAAUACUUAUUGAAAUGUCUGAAGUUCAAUUAAUGAGGAUGUUACCUAUCAAAAAAUCAAGUGCCCUUAAGGUGGCACUCUUUUGUACGUCUUUAUCUGGAGACUUUUCUGACACUGGAGAGGGAACCCUGGUGGUCAGUUACAGGAUGUCUCUUGAAAAUGCAGCCCUGGACCAGUUGCUUAACCUAGGAAGGCAACUUAUUAGUGACCACGUAGAUCUUGUCCUGUGYCAAAAGGUUAUACACCCAUCUUUGAAACAGUUCCUCAGUAUACAUCACGUUAUUGCCAUAGACAGAGUUGGAGUGGCUUUGAUGGAACCCCUGAGCAAAGUGACAGGAACACAACCUAUUGGUUCCAUAGGCUCCAUAUCUCCUAGUAGUUAUGGAAUUGUGAAAGAAUUGUGCACUGCAAAAUUUGGCUCCAAGCAUUUUUUUCAUCUUAUUCCUAAUGAAGCAACUAUCUGCAGCUUGCUUCUCUGCAACAGAAAUGACACUGCCUGGGAUGAGCUGAAGCUCACAUGUCAAGCAGCACUGCAUGUCUUGCAGUUAACAAUCAAGGAACCAUGGGCUUUGUUGGGAGGUGGCUGUACAGAAACUCAUUUGGCUGCAUUUAUUAGAUACAAGGCUCGUAAUGAACCAGAAAGCAUUCUCACAGAUGAUGGGUGUACUCAAGCAGAACUUCAACUAGUUGCUGAAGCAUUUUGCAGUGCUCUCCUGUCUCUUGCUGGCUCUUUAGAACAUGAUGGAGGUGAAAUUGUCACUGAUAUAAAGUAUGGACACUUUUGGUCAGUUCAGGGAGAUUGUCCCUCUGUUGUCAACUGGCCGGAUUUACUUUCACGAUGUGGUUGUGGAUUAUACAGUAGCCAGGAAGAACUCAGCUGGUCUUUCUUACAAAGCUCAUGCCAUCCUUUUGCACCACAAUCCUGCCUUCCACAUGAAACUGUGGGCCCAGCUAGCAAUCUGACUCUGGACUGUUUGACUGCUAAGCUUAGUGGCCUACAGGUGGCUGUAGAGACAGCCAAUUUGAUUUUAGAUCUUUCAUAUGUCAUCGAAGAUAAAAACUGAUAUAAGAGAAUCACAUAUUUAAAAUAUGAGACAAAUAAACUUAUCAGAUGUCAAUUAAGAAAAAUCCCMAAAAAACAAAUGUCUUCUCUGUUAUAAGGGGGGGGGUGACUCAAAUGGGGUAUGGAGGAAGAGCAUGAGAAGAAAAUUACCUCCAGAUA